AGUCAUCCCCACUUGCCGCUAUUCCUUGAACUAAUAAAAGAACAAAAUUGAAAAAUUGUACGUUUAAAAUAAAAUUGAAAACCGCACUUUCAGAGGAGAAGUGCCAGCUUUUUUCUCCGUCGUCUGCUUUCGUUCUUUGGGUUUUCGUCUUCUUUCUUCUUCUUGCCUUCUCUUAACGCGUUCUAAUCACGCCAAAAUAAGAUUUUUUUUUUCUCUUGCUGUCUUGGGUUUUAAUUUGAAGAAAUGGCAAUGAACUUUGGGACGAUGGACAGUGCUUAUUUUGUUGGGAGGAAUGAGUUGUUGACGUGGAUCAACAACAGCCUUCAACUGAAUCUUUCUCGCAUUGAAGAGGUUGCAUCAGGGGCGGUGCAAUGCCAAAUAAUGGACAUGACCUACCCAGGAGUUGUUCCAAUGCACAAGGUAAAUUUUGACGCUAAGACUGAAUAUGAUUUUAUCCAAAAUUACAAGGUCCUGCAGGAUGUAUUCAAUAAAUUGAAAAUUGAAAAGCAUAUUGAGGUCAACAAGCUUGUUAAAGGCCGACCUUUGGACAACUUGGAGUUCUUACAAUGGCUGAAACGCUAUUGUGAAUCUGUAAAUGGUGGCAUCAUGAAUCAGAACUACAAUCCUGUGGAACGAAGAAGUAAAGGUGGGAAGGAGCGGAUCUCUAAGAAUGGCUCACAGAAGAUUUCAAAAUCAUUACAGGCUAACAAUAUGCAUAAUGCUGGCUUUGGGGAUACAGUUGGCCACAAUAAAGCUUCUGGGCCCAGACCUGGUAAGACAGAUGCUGCAGCAGGUGGAACUAAUUCUUUGGAAGAGAUUCAAGCUUUGUCCAAGGAGAUUACAGAUCUAAAGCUCUCUGUGGACCUUUUGGAGAAAGAAAGGGACUUUUACUUUGCCAAAUUGCGGGAUAUGGAAAUACUUUGUCAGACUUCUGGAUUGGAGGAAAUUCCUAUGUCUGUAGCAGUCAAGAAGAUAUUGUAUGCUGCUGAUGCAGAACAGUCAGCACUAGCAGAAGCUCAGGAGUAUUUGAUGGAGUAUCUGAAUGGUGCUGAUAAUGGAGCAGGAGAUGAUUGAUUUUUAACCAAGACAAUAGGGGCCCGUGUGCUUUGAAGGUGAAACAGGUAUAAGCCCUUGUUUACGAGCAUAGGGCGUCCAGGGCUCCUAAUAUCAUCCAAUUGGAAGUUGGAACUGUAGGAUUUUUCAUUUCUCUGUUUCCUUUUUGUGCUUGAUGAAUGAUUGUGAACUAAAUUAAUGACUAAUUUAUUGGUGGUAAGUACUGCUGGUUUAUUUCUUUA